AUGAUGAAAAAGCAACCUGUUUUCUCCUUUCAAAUAGUACUUCUACUUUCCAUUUUGUAUUCCACCACUACUUUAGCUCAAUUAUCACCAGCUUCUGCCCCUCUUAAACCAGUUCAAGCAACCCCUACCCCACCAGCUGAGGCUCCUAGACAGCCAUUGGUUCCCUCAUUGCCACAGUCACCAAGUGAUGCCACUCCCGACACUCCAGCUGUUGACAUUGUUGGAAUCCUGAGGCAGGCCAAGUCAUUCAACAUCCUUAUCCGUCUCAUGAAAACCACCCAAUUGAUCAACCAACUCAAUGCACAGCUCCUCACCACUAAGUCAGGUGGCAUCACCAUUCUUGCACCUGAUGACAGUUCUUUCUCUCAACUCAAAUCAGGCUUCCUCAACUCUCUUUCUGAUGGCCAAAAGCUCGAGCUCUUGCAGUUCCACGUUCUUUCUGACUAUGUUUCUAGCUCCAACUUUGAUACUUUAACCAACCCUGUGAGAACACUUGCAGGAGCUAAACCUGGAAAGGUGGAACUGAAUGUGAUAAGUUAUGGAGGUAGUGUGAACAUCUCAACGGGUGAGGUUAAUACCACCAUCACUGGCAUUGUAUAUACAGAUAAGCAUCUUGCUAUUUACAAGGUAGGGAAGGUGCUUCUUCCUAUGGACUUCUUUGUUGUUGCUAAAGCACCUGCAAAGGCACCCUCUUUGGCACCAGAAUCUUCGGAAAAGGCUCCUAAAGCGGAUAAGGAGAAGUCACUGUCUCCGGAUUCCUCAGAAUCAUCUGAGAUUAAUUCCACCAAUGAUACCUCUGGCACUGUGAAAAUCAAUGUGUAUGGAAAGUGGCUGUCCCAUGUUCUUGGACUUGUUCUCCUGAUUGCAUUGUUAUCAUAA